UAUACAGAUACGUGCAUACAAUACGCGUUAUUUAUAUCAUCAUACAUUAAAAGUCCACAUGACAGUGACAUCACCAUGAAGUAUCGGAUAACGAUAGCAGUUGUUAAAAUAAAUUUUUGCGAUAGGAGGUUUAACGUUUUUUAUUUGAAAUAAUAGCUACAACUUUUGUUGAAUCAUUUUACUUCUUUUUUACAUCUCAUUAUUUUUUUGUAAAGAAAACUAUUUUAUAAGUAACAUCAAACAUCCUUCAGAUGCCUCCAGUUCCAAACGUAUGUGUAGGUGCAAUGACUACAGGUAGGGGACAAGAUAGGUGGCGUUCGACAACUUGUUCGACGUAUGUACAAUCACAUACGGCAAAAAUACUACGUGGAAUAUUGUACAGCUGUCUUGACACAAAAUGUUCCGAAUAAUUCUUUUUGGGUUGAUAUGCAGCUUCGUUGGUGUUCAAUCUACUAAUCUUGAAGUAAUGAGUGAUGACGAGCUACUGAAUCUGAUAAAAACUGAGAAAUAUGUGGUCGUGCUUUUCACAAGGAAGUCCUGUAAUGCAUGUGACGUUUUUGAAAAUGAGAUGAUCCAUUUGCGAGAAGAGCUGGUUAAUUCUCUGUCUGCUUUGGUCGUCAAAGCUGUUGACAGUCAGUUGCUUCAUCUGCAUAGUCCUAACAAGGAACCUGCACUUGUAUUCUUUAGGCAUGGAGUACCUUUACUUUAUGAUGGUCCAUUAGAUGAGGAAGAAAUUCUGACAAUGUUUAGUGAAAACAAUAAACCUACAGUAAUAGAGUUAACAGAUGAUACAUUUGAACAUUUAACUCAAGCAAGCAGUGGAGCUACAACUGGAGACUGGUUUGUCAUGUUUUACAGUACAGAUAACAUGGAAUUUAUAAAGAUGAUAGCGAGGUGGGAAGCUGUAGGUGCAAAGCUUAGACGAAGAAUUAAUGUAGCUCGCAUUGAUAAGCACACAACUGGUGCAUCUACAGGAAGAAGAUUUAAUAUCUCUGAAACACCUGAAUUUAUAUUCUUCAGACAUGGUAAAAUGUACCGUUAUCAGAUCCCGAAAUACGACAUUAAUUCGUUUGUAUCAUUUGCUAAAGAAUGGUACAGAAACGCACGUGCUGAAACUGUUCCUGUACCACAAAGCCCAUUUGAUGAUUUCGUACAAACGAUUGCAAACUUCCUCCGUGAAAAUCCAUGGGUAAUGAAGCUCGGCAGUAUAACAAUUGGUGUAUUCAUAAUCCUUUCUGUAGCUUCUAAGUUCAGGCGUAAAUCCGACAUGCCUCAGAAGAAAGACUGAUUUGUCAUAUACCAAAGAUAUGUAUGGGUACUGUGCCAAUUUAUUAGGAUUUAUAAUUUUUUAUAGAAGCACAGUUUGUCAAUCAAGCGAAAUUAAAUUUGUAUUGAUAUUGAAAGGUAACAAUUAAAAUAUAUUUUUACAAUCUAAUAUAUCUUAUUGGUACCCAUAAUUGUUCAAAAAAGAUACUGAUGCAUAUGCAUUACAUUUUCGAC